AGACAGGCCAAUUAUGGAUUUGGGGCUCGACGACGAUCUGUUCCCAGCCAAUAAGUACUGCCCCAUAUGUGGGGUGGUUCUCCUGUGCGAAGAGCUGGAAGAGACCCCCGAGACCCGACGGCCAUGGUACGCCGAAGUACGUGCUGUGGCCAAGGAAGAGCACUGCACCAAUUUCAUGACAGGGGUAGGUUUUCUUGACUCCCGCGAUGUUCUCUGUGCUCCGUUAGACGAAGAGUUGGAUUAUCUCAACGCAUUCGAGCUGCACGACGUGGAUUUACUGCGAACGGAAUCAGAGCUGCACGGCUUUGGUCUCCAUGAUUCCUGCUGGAUGCUGCUGCAGGACCGUCUGUGGCAUACAAUUGACUCAGAAAAAAUUGCCCAAUCUCUGUAUGACGUGUUUUACUGCACCCCAUCGCCACAUCGAUCUAGUCUCUCUUUUGGACAUGACUAUGGGGGUGCUAAGCGUUGGCAAAGGGCGUAUGGCGACAUCUCCCUGCCGGAGGACAUGCCACUGCUCUUGCAGGCGGAUCCAUAUGCCAUUCCACUCUUAGAAAGGCUAGAGGAGAACGCACCUGAUGUGGAUGGCGGACGAGAAUAUCACUCUGUGUGUACUACGACGUCUACUGACAUCAAUACUGGAUACCGUAACUCAUUCGGCCAACUGUCUUUAGAACUGCUCCAUGAGGUUGUAUCGUACUUAUCUGUUCCUCAGCUCCUGGACCUAAAAUGUACAAGUCGAGAUCUUUCCCAGCGCUUGGUAUUGUCCAGCCUGCCACAGUCCUUUUGGAAGAACCAGUUUGCUCGAGGCUCCGAUAUGGACUUCCUCUUUCCUGAUCUCGAACAAACACGGGAUUGGUUCCGAUUAUAUCGCGGUACAGUCUCCAUCCUUCAGGCCAAAGAUGAAUCUCCUGAAAAGCUCUCGCUGCUCAACCGCAAAAGAAUCCGUGCGCUCCUGGAACCAAUAGCAUCGGUCGUAGAAAUAGACAGCGGACGAUCGAAAGAACCUCGCGGGCGCCGGGCUAACUGUCUGGAGUUAAGGCCUGGACAUUGGUUCGUGUCGGAGGGGCUAACCCAAUGGCGCGCUGAAAACAUGUAUACGGCACACCUAACCUCGGAAAUGGACUAUCUUCCACAUGGAUGCUACGUACCUCGCUACCGGAUUGGCGCGUUCCCACAUACCAUGUUGCAUGGCGGCGAAAUCAAAAUAUCCACCGUGCAGCUAGGGGCACGGGUGUUCAUUGCCGGUAUAAGCCAUCAUUCUACAGGGAUAAAUGAACAGGCUAUCGGAUACGCGGACAUGACCGGCCAGAGAACGAUCAACGUGCCCCCCGGGUCCAUAUUCAAUAAAAUUGAAGUUGCAUUUUCCCCAGAAGGCCUUCGGGGGAUCCGAUUUCAUUUUGGGGAAAACACUUUAUCUGACUGGAUUGGGGAUACAAGUGAUAAGGAGAUGAGUUAUGGUGUUCUGAAGAUCCCUCAUUCGGCCCGCGGGACAUAUCAUAUUCUCGCUGGUACUGAUGCUUAUAAAUUAACCGCCAUUGGAACCAUUCAUAACGAGUCACGGGAAGAGAAGUCUAACACCCCCUUUUGGCUGGAUCAUCCUCUGGAUCUCACCCUCCCCGAUUCAUAUCUAUGGCAGUCUGAACGACCCAGCUACGACAAUCUACGGAUCUAUCAAUUCCAACCUGACAACGUAGGGACGCCCUAUCGGCCCUUGAUGAAUAUCGACUUUGGAGGGCCCAAUGGCGAGUGGCUUGAUUCACUCGUCAGCAUGGAGGUGCAUGUCUCAACUGAGUUCUCUCCUAUCCUUGGAAUGACAUUCAACUACACCGACAAGACCUUGCAGUUUGGCAAAUGUACCUCCGACAAGAAAUUGACCUUUUCAGUCGAUGGGCCAGGUGGGGAACGCAUAACCGACAUUGUAGGGAGUACAGCAGGUAAUAGUGACGCUAGCUGUAUUUAUGGUCUAACGGUCACCACAAACCAGAACCGAGAAAUGGAGUUCAAGCCCGGCAAUCCAUAUGACGGCACCAGCAGCCCACAUGGGGUUUUACCAACUCCUUGCUACCUUGAUGAUCUUCCUCAAGAACGCAUUAUUACCGGAUUUGUGGCCACACAGCGCUGGCGUCAGGAGUACUUUAAAGAGCUGGGUAUUCAAAUACAAUUGCCCAGCGGAUCUCAUGGAGGCAGAAGCGCAUGACAGCUUUAUGGAGAGACGCGUCGAUCUGGGUUGAUACAAUGGAAACGUUGACUGGUAUGUCUGUUACCGCACUCUGAGGCCGUCUAGCGAAGCAAACAAGCAUGCGAGCGUUGGCCUAUCUUGGGUUACGACAGGUGGAACAAUAUCUUCCAGAGAUGUUCCGUUUAAUGUCUCUGCUUCCGUGCGGUGGUAGA